ACAGAUUCAGUCUUCAGAUUGCAUUUGUGCUGUUUGGGUUGCUCUUCAGUUUUCAAGCGUUUUCAAACUAUCUACUUUGUAUAAUUAUGUCGCGCCUGGAACAACAAUUAGCUGAUUCGCUUUGUGUGAGAGAAAAGGGCUCUAGGCUACGACGUUUGGUGAUAGAUGAUUCUGACAGCAUUGACUUUAGUUCAAACGAUUUUCUGGGCUUGUCUCGUAGUUUGAAAAUGCGAAAUGAUUACUUAAACGAACUGAAUUCGAUGCCACAAAUAUUGGGAUCAACGGGAUCUAGAAUUCUAACGGCAAAUUCUAAAUAUGUCGAAGAUUUGGAACAGUACUUGUCCACUUUUCAUCGAGCACCAUCAGCGCUAAUAUUCAAUUCGGGAUUCGAUGCUAAUUAUAGCUUAUUCAGUACAAUACCGCAACAAGGUGAUAUAAUUCUGUAUGAUGCAUUAAUUCACGCCAGUAUUCAUGAGGGAAUGAAGCAUUCUCGUGCUGGUCGUCUGAUAGCAUUUGCCCAUUCGGAUAUUUCCGAUCUGAAAAGGCAUAUUGAUACGUUGAAGAAUACCAAACAGAAUAUAUUCGUCUCCAUUGAAUCGGUAUAUUCAAUGGAUGGUGACGUGGCGCCAUUAUCAGAUAUUGUCUCGCUGCUUCGUUCGUAUUGGCCGAAUGGAGAAAAUGGACAUUUAAUCGUCGACGAAGCUCACGGCACAGGUGUAUUUGGUGAACAUGGACGAGGUGUCGUACAACAGCUAAAUUUGCAAGACCAGAUCUUUGCUCGACUUCACACAUUCAGCAAAGCGUUGGCUGGCAGUGGCGCGGUCAUUUUUGGAUCACAGACACUUCGACAAUAUUUAAUUAACUAUGCGAGACCCUUCAUUUUCUCAACGUAUAUGCCAUACAGUGGCCUUGCGUUGAUAAAGACAGCAUAUAAACAAUUGGAGUCAAAGGAAACGGUGAAGGCUCAAAAACACUUGAAUGCCAUUAUACGACGCUUUCGUGACACCAUUUGUUUACCACCUGUUGCCAAACUAUUACCAUCUACAGGUCCUAUUCAGGGCAUAAUAUUGAGUGGUACUGCUGCUGUUAAGUCGUUUGAGGAUUAUCUGAACAGCCAAGGAUUUAUCGUGAAGGCGGUCAUGUUUCCUAUUGUGCCUAAAGGUGAGGAGCGCAUAAGAAUUUGCUUCCAUGCCCAUAACACUGUUGCAGAAAUUGAUAAAUUUGUCAAAUGUAUUCACCAAUUCUUUCGCAUUUAUUAUUUGAAAUCUAAGAUGUAAUUGAAAUUGUUUAAUAAGAUGAAAUGUUUUCCCUUUUUUUUCAAAUUAAUUUGUAGAUUAUUAACAGGCUAAGACCCUGUACAUUGAUUAACCAAAUGGUCAAAGAGAUUCUAAUAAAAAUAAUUUUACUUCCUUCA